AUGCCUGCCAAACCUCCACCUACAGUGUCGAUCCAGUUGAAAUCAUUGGCCAGGCAGGGGCUCUCAUUGACACAGGAACUCAUCUGGACAAGGACGGAGGACAAGGCACACAUGACACUUUGGGCUUUUUAUCUCCUGUUGAUGUACCCCUGUUUGGUCUCAAAUGUGUCCUCUGCACCAACUGAAACCAUGCUGCCUCUUGCACCCAUUCCCUCUGUGCCCUCAGUAACACCUGAAAAUGUGGCUUCUGCACUCAUUCCACUUGCUAUGCUGACUUUGAUCCUCAACAACGGCAAUACCAAACCAACUCUGGACCCUUGUGUAAUCAAUAUCAACCAGGUGGAUCAAGCCAUGUCACCUGUUUCCACCCCAGAAAUUCCUGCCAAAGUGGCCUCUGUGCCUGUUCCACUUGCCACAUUGACUCUCAACGACAGCAACACUGAACUAACUCUGAACCCUCAUCCCAUGGAUGUGGACAAAGUGAAGGGAACCACAUCACCCUCAGCACCAACUUUGGCUACCAAUGGCCAGGAUGACGAAUUGAAGGCUGCCCUGAUGGACGUUGACAGGGUGAGUGGCACCAACAAUCUGACAUUGUCAAUUUCGACUGUUGUCAACAACCCAAGCAAGCUUCUGACCUGGUUGACCAGCAACGGCAUGUUGGGUUAUCUGCAUGGGAUUUCUGAGGUGAAGGCCUGGCAGGAUCUUGUCUUGUUGUUCUUCAAGUUUGAGAUGGAAAAUACAAUUACUGGUAACCUACCUACUACUCAUGUCCAGAAGAGAUUCCAUGUGGAGUCCAGGUAUCCACAUGGAGUCCAUCUGGACAGUUCCUUCAUCUAUGCAAUGCCCGCUGCAGAGGAUUGGUGCUCCCUCCAUAAGGGUGGUGCUGCAGGGCUCUACACUGUUGUCAUGGCACUUUCGUGGUGGAUCAAAGCAUUAUCCCCAGCCGAUUCAUCAAUCUACACAUGGACUGCUGUCCAUGAUGUUAGCUGGGUGAUCAAUCAUAUUUCUGAAAAGAUUGGGAGGGCCUCUCAAGGAAAGAAACAAGGGUGCAAGGAGCCUAGUCUGUCUGGGAAGGGGAAAAGGUUCAUUUCAAUUUCAUCUUUUCAUUAUGUUUCAUAA